UAUGUAAAUGUAUUCAAUCUUCCAUUGAUUCUUAUCUUGAAAUUCGUGAAUUCCAACAUUCACAACUAUCUAAGAUGGUGGCCAUUUGGAAGGUCGUUUAUAUCGGAUUGGUAUGUCUCACUGUGACGUGUUUCGGUUGUGAUGACGUGGACACGGCAGCGUGCCAGCGUUUAGCGGCCUCGAAGCCAGAUAUGUGUAACGACACGUGCUACGCUUCCAUCUGCAAGCGAUACUGUGGAGAAUGUCCCCUGAAAUGCUAUACCUGCUCGGACAUCGAAUCCUCACAAACAUGCAACUCCUCCACAGAGUGUUCUAGCAAGGACUAUCAAUGUAUAUCCGCAGCAUCCUUCACGAACGAUUUCAGAGAAGUGUUUAAGCUUGGAUGUGCUCCUUCUGCAGUAUGUUCUCACUAUGGAAAGCGGUCAAUGAGCAAACGAGCAGGAACAUCCUGUUGUACAUCAGACCUGUGUAAUCACAAUGGCGGUAGUAAACGAGAGAUAGAAUCCAAAGUCAAAUCGACUAAACCAGAUGUCAGACGACAGAGCAGUUCCCCGGUGUGUGCAGACGCGGACAACCUAGCGUGUACUUUGCUAUUCACCGUCAAUACUCAUAUGUGUAACAAUGACUGCAUAGCGAACCAGAUAUGUCCCCGACUGUGUGGACGAUGCAGUGAGUGUUAUGAAUGCGAACACAUCUCUUCAACCGAGAAUUGUACUAAGUCACGUGUUUGUGACCCAGGAGAGGUUUGUUACACACUAGAGACGUUAAACUUCAACCUAGAACAUGGCUACCGACUUGGUUGUGUCCAUCAGAGGAUCUGCGACAACUUGCAUACACAAGCAAGUUCUAUAUUUGGAAGACGGGCCAGUGGAAAUCCUGAGCUCUCGUUGACAGGCGGAUGUUGUCAUGGAGAUUUAUGUAAUCACCAUCAACUGCUCCCGGAAACCACACUUCUCCCCACAACAUCCACAAUAGCCACAACAACACCCAAAACUUGCCAUUAUUACUCAAACCGAUGUCCAUUUUCAAACGCAUACGUAUACCAUGACCAAUGUUAUCAUGUAGGAACAAGAAAGAUGUCUUGGAUACAAGCAAAGCAUUACUGCGAGUCGCAGUGUGGGCACUUAGCGACAUUCACCAAUUCCCUUGUGAUGGAACGAGUACUUCAUUCCGUUAUAUCCCAUCACAUUACUUCCCAUGGGCAUGACACCUCCCUGAGACACUCUGAGAUAUACGUAGAUGCGAUUGACCCCGCCCACAAUAACCACUGGAUCUGGGAAUCGUCUCUACAAUCAGUGCCUGCAAACAUGUUCUACGCUAGUUCUCAUCAGCUCACCUACUGCGCGGCUACCUCUGCCUCUAUUGGAAAACUGGUUGCAGUUGAUUGUUCAUCUGAAUAUCUUCCACUAUGUCAGGCAGCAGAACAUCACUGAUAUAUUCGGGUCUGCAAUCUUGUGUGUUAAACCAUAUCUUAUAAUUUUUGGAAAAUAAAAUAUAUGUAUUGAA